AUGGCGGAAUGUGUGUGUGUGUGUGUGUGUGUGUGUGUGUGUGUGUGUGUGUGUGUGAGGCGCAGGUCGAGGUACCUGGUGGGCAGCGACGCGUGUUCAGAACGAGGCGCAUCAGAUGUGAGCGACGACAUCUGGGCUUGCGCGUGGCAUUUGGGAGCAGAGCAUGCCCAAGCAGGGGCGUGCAUAUGUGCCACCAACAGCACAGCUUUUGCCAUGGCCACAGCACACGACACGAGCGCACGGUCGCCUUUGAGGCAUCAGUCCAAUCCGCACGACACCGAGACACCAUCACCAGGCCCGAUUGCUUUGCACUCCGUUGCAGGAGAUGAGGCUACAAAGCUGCCAGAACUCGGCGCUGGCUCUUCAGCAGCGGAUCGAGAAACAGCCAGUGCAGUGCAUGUGCCCGCCGAUGCUAAUUUGGAGCCGACUGGCCCUACCGCUCAGGAUGCGCACGUGGGUGGACCCAACGCUGCGGAUAUGGGAAAUGGCAAGCGGUCUGUGUCCCGGGAUCCAAUUCUCGACGCAGCUCGACAGGGUGGGAAUUUGAGCGCUGCUGAAUCUCUUGCCAGCUGCGACGAGAACAACCUCGAGGCAGGAGCCAGCCCAGAGCCUGCAGAGCGACCCACCAAGCGCAGUCGCGUCAGCUUUGCCGAGGAGGAGCUAGUCACCGUCUUUGAGACAUAUGCUCAGACCGAGUAUGAUCGCUCCAUGGCAGAAGACAAUUCAUAUGUCUGCGAUGGCUGUGGCUACUUCAUCACCAGUGACCGCCAUCACUGUACUCGAUGCAACGACUACGAUCUUUGUGCCGACUGCUUUGCGCGCCACGUGCCCUCGGAGGCCUCAUGUGCCCAUGAGAAACCCCUCUUUGUGACCAUUCCACUCGAUACCUGGGAUUAG